UUCCGGUAGACUCCGGUCGCGGUAGCUGCUCACCAUCGUGUCUGCCGAGCUUUCCCCGGCGAGAGCAGAUAUGGCGGCGGCUUUUCGGAAGGCGGCUAAGUCCCGGCAGCUGGAACACCGAGAGCGAAGCCAGCCUGGCUUUCGAAAACAUCUGGGCCUGCUGGAGAAAAAGAAAGAUUACAAACUUCGUGCAGAUGAUUACCGAAAAAAGCAAGAAUACCUAAGAGCUCUCCGGAAGAAGGCUCUUGAAAAAAAUCCAGAUGAAUUCUACUAUAAAAUGACUCGGGUUAAACUCCAGGAUGGAGUUCAUGUUAUUAAGGAAGCAAAGGAAGAAGCAACUCCAGAACAGCUGAAACUCAUGAGAACUCAGGAUGUCAAAUACAUAGAAAUGAAAAGAGUUGCAGAAGCUAAGAAAAUUGAAAGACUAAAAUCAGAGCUCCAUCUGCUGGAUUUUCAAGGGAAGCAACAGAAUAACCAUGUGUUCUUUUUUGACACCAAAAAAGAAGUUGAACACUUCGAUGUUGCAACUCACCUGCGAACAGCCCCGGAACUAGUUGAUAGAGUCUUUAAUAGACCCACAGUAGAGACCUUGAGGAAGGAAAAAGUGAAAGGAGUUACCCAUCAGACUCAAUUUAAGCGGAUAGCUAAAGAAAGGCAAAAGCAAUAUAACCACCUGACACAGCGGAUUAAACGAGAGAAGGAAUUGUUUGUUGUUGCACAGAAAAUUCAAACACGCAAAGAUCUUCUGGAUAAAACUCAGAAGGUGAAGGUGAAGAGUGCCACAGUAAACUCCCCGGCUAUUUACAAAUUUCAGAGUCGUCGAAAACGCUGAUGUAUUAUAGUUGAGCCUUGUCAUUCUGCAGGGACAAGAAUUCUUGUCCCUCACCUCCCCAGGAACUUCACAUUCCAUUAGUCGAAGUGGCGUGGUUUAUCUGUUUGUAGUCAUAAUUUAUUAUAGAUCUUAAGGUUUGAUGUGUUUCUAUAAACAACAUUAAAGCUCCUUCCCUUGUGUUACUGUUUUUGGGUUGUGAAAUCAUCAGUCUUAUUUGUUUAUACUUAAAUUUUUUAUCAUUAUGAAAAUUAUAUAAUCUUAUUUCAGCAAAUUUGGAAAAUAGUUAAUUCAUCUUUAAUCCCGGUACUUAUUCAAGAACAACAAAUUUUAUUGCAUACUUAUUGUGCUGAGGACUGUCUAGGUGAAAAACUACUGUGAGCAUCCUGGUUGAUUUCCUGCAUUUUUAAAACUGCACCAGGUUUUUGUUUAUGUUUUUGUGUUUUGUAGUUGUAAUUACAGUAAACAAUUUUAUAUCCUACUUUUUUCACUUAACAUUAAAUCAUUAGUUUUUUUCCAUUUUAUUACAUCGUUAAAUGUUAAAGUAACAUAUGCUCAUGGUAAAAAUUAAAAUAAGUAUUAUUUUUAA